AAAACUUCUGUGACAGCGCUAAUGGCAAUGUCAGAGCAGACCAGCAAGAAGAUGAAGCUACUGUUUAGGACUGUACAUGCCAUUGGCAAGAAGGCCAGGCCACUUUCUGACUUCGAGUGGAUGUGCGAUUUGGAUGAACAAAAAGUACUUUCUGUGGGGUCAACAUACAGAAAUGAGAAGCAGGCCAAAGAGUUUAUGCAUUAUAUUGCAGAGGUGGAGAGAAACAACAUCAGAGGAAAUCUAAAAAACACAAAAUUUCUCUCCAUCAUGUCUGAUGGCUCCACAGACAGCCCUGUGAAAGAGGAGGAGUUAGUGUAUGUCAGAUUCUGUCACAAGGGCAAGAUCGAGUCUAAGUUUGUUGGAAUUAAUGCAGUGGAGAAGGCAGAUGCCGCACAUAUAAGUAAAGCCAUCAGUGACAUCAUGGAGGGAGUGUGUGAUGAGUGGGAGAGCAAGUUGGUCGCUCUGGGAACUGAUGGAGCUGCUGUUAUGACUGGAGCCAAGAGUGGUGUGGUCAGCCGGCUGAAGGGGGACAGGGCCUACAUCAUCGGUAUCCACUGUAUGGCACACCGCCUUGAACUGGCCUUUUCUGAUGCCAUCUGUUCCAACGUGAUGUUUCAGAAAAUAGAAGACCUCCUCAGUGGGCUCUACACAUUCUACCACACCAGUUCGCUGAACAGGGCAAACCUCGUAAACAGCUUCCAGGCUCUUGGGCACACACCACUGGUGCCCACCAGAAUUAGUGGGACUCGAUGGGUAGGACACCUAUUGCGUGCCCUUGAUCACUUUCUGCGAGGUUACCAGGGGCUUGUCCAGCACCUGGAACAGAUUCAAUCUGCUGAUGCCCAAAAUGUCAGAGUUGUCCAGCAAGCCAAGGCCAGGAAAUACUACAGUACUGUGAGGGAGGCUGUUGUUGUCCGCUUCUGUGGCUUCCUGCAUGACACACUAACCCACCUGAGCAACCUGUCUGCCUGUCUGCAGAGGUCCACAAUCACCAUAGCAGAAGCCCACAGCUCAUUGUGCUCAACACAGGCCGUACUUAAGAAGUACAAAUCCAAAAAAGGGCCCAUGAUGAAUGCCACAAUGGGCAACAGCUAUGAGGGAAUUUCACUGACCAGAGGUGACAUAAAGACCCACGUCGUCUCACAGGACAAAAUGCUUGACAGUUUAGUGAAGAGUAUGACUGACAGGUUCCAGGAUGCCAGUGUAGGGGUCCUGUGUGCAACCAAGCUGGUCAGCUUCACCAACUGGCCAGAGUCAGGAGAUGCAGUAGCAGAUUUUGGUGACUCUGAACUGGAAACCUUGGUGGACCACUUCAAGCCCGUCCUUGAGGCCUCUGGCAUUCAUGUUGAAAGAAUCCCUGACCAGUGGACAGUCCUGAAGGUGCUGAUAUACCAAGAGCCUCAGUCCCUGGAGAAGAUAUCUUGGUUCCAUGUCAACAGGAUCCAUCAGCAUUCCUGCCCUGAUUUGCUGGCAUUGGUUGACCUUGUCCUGUCCUUCCCUGCCUCCACAGCGGAAUGUGAAAGAGGUUUUAGUACCAUGAAACAGGUGAAAACCGAUUGGCGCUCUAACCUGAAGUCUGAUACAUUGUCAGAUCUCCUUAUGGUCCAGCUGUCCUCUCCAGAGAUCAGGGAGUAUGAUCCAAGCAAAGCUGUGAUGCUGUGGCACCAAAACUCUGUUAGGAGUAGGAGGCCAGAAUUCCUGGACCAUGCAAAAAGUGUAAUUGCGGUAGAGAGUGAGUCGUCGGAUGACUAUGAGGUUUAAGUUCUGAUAGUUUUACAAAACCUUCAAAUGUACUGUUAUGAGCGCUAGUUCCACCUCUUCCAUGUCUUACUAUUUGUUGCCCUGUUUUGACUUCUAUGUACACUUAUUCAUUAAAAAUACCAUAUCAAUUAAAUGUACUGAAAUUAAUGUAUAUGUGAUUUGGCCGGCAAAAAAUAUGCUUGGCUGGUGGAUUUUUUCAUCUACCAGUCCCCGUGGCAGGUGAGCCAAAAAGUUCAUUUCGGACCCUGCUUUCAGAUGUUCUUCAACCUGGUCUUUUGUG